UCAUCUCUGAACAAAACCCUACUGCGCCCAGUUCGUGCACACAUGCAGAACAGCACGAGACGGACACUGCUCAACACACGAGAGCCUGAUGCGGUGGUAUGCAAAGGAGGACUUGGGCUACUCGUGACUAUUUGAAUACGCUUUUACCACCAUCAGUUAAAGAGUGAAUUAUAGCGCGUGAGUAGGAAAACGGCAUUUUCCAUCAACACUAUCCAGUUGUUGAGUGGUGUAUCCAACCACAGCACGGGGCUGCUGCGCAAGGUCGUAUUCUCCACGGCUCACAUCGACAACCAGCCUGAUCAUAGGGACCCAGUGUGCCCAUUGCCCCCCUGCCCCUCCGCAACCAUGUCCCUGGGGCGCCCCAUGCAACUCAUGCGCUCCCUGAGGAAGUCGCCCGCCAUCUUCAACCAGCGCUUCCGGCACGACCGCACCCAGUCCCUCUCCCACGGCGACCCGCUCUUCAAGGUGCACUACCUGGGCACGGACAAGAUCUUCUCCCUGGACCCGGAGCAGGCCGAGGCCGCCAUCGCCCAUGUUCUAGAAAGGUCUCCUUCUCCACUGGAGAAACUGGGUAAGGAGCACGCGUUGGUGGUGCGGCCUCGCUACUUAGAGGUGAAGGAGAUCAGCACGGGCAGGCAGCUUACCAAGACCUACCUCAAGGACAUUGCCUACUGUGCUGCGGACACAGAGAGGCCCAACGUGUUCCUCUACAUCUGCAAACAGCAGGGCCAACAGCUCCAGUGUCGGGUGUUCUGGUGCAGCCGACCGGAGAAGGUCAAGGACAUAACAAACUGCUUGGCUCGAUCGUUUCAGAGAGCGCUGAGUGACUGUCAGGAGGGCGGCUGUAGCAAUGUUCGAGCACAAGCAGAAGACUUCAGGAAAGAUGGGCGGAAUCUCUUGGCCAACGGGAAGAAGAAAAGUUGCACAAUGCCACCAGACCUUCGAAAUGGUCACAGCAUGAAGAGGACUCUGAGUUCUCGCACUCCCCUGAGAGAGUUGAUGAGGAGGACAAGCAUCAGUGACUGAAAGACGUUGAAGUUUGGUUCCUUCAUCAGGGAAAGAGGAAGAAGCUUUUCCAUGGUUCUCCUUCAGCAACUGAAAUGCUGUUAGACUCUCUUCUGUUACUGACUGAGGGGAGUUUCAGCAGUUCCUCCAGCAGAAAAACCAAAGGAAAAGGAAGAAACCCUCACAACAGGCCAGAGGCUGUUUGUUUUGUCCAUGUGUACCUAGUGUUAAAGUCACAUGGUGCCACAGGAAAGACUGGUCCUGUCAUCUGAAAACACUGACUGAAGCACUGGGUCAUUUUUAGACAGACACUAGUAUUUGUGCUACUAGCUGUUCAGCAGCAACCACUUUCUCCCAGUAUAGUAUAAUAGUAUAUAUUUGAAUAUUUUUCUUAAACUUGUAUGAUUCCCAUUCUACCUUACCCAUUACCUGGCACUGAUAUUUCCAUUCAGGGUUUGUACAGUCAGGGUUUGUUGUCUAGAUGGCGCUACUAAGUCAGUUAAGCAAAUAGCCUGGUGUACAUGGAUGGAUGAUACUCUUGUCACCACUUCAGUGCCAACAUCCAUGGAUUGUUUCAACCUGCUACAUUUAUGAUGGCAAUUAACCUGUGCCAAACUAGUUGCAUACUGAAAGGCACUUAUUAGUGAAGUUGAAAACAGAUUUGAACCGUUACUGAUCAAAACAGCAGUAGUUUUGACAAGCAACAUUUUAUUGAAACAUUGUGAAGUUGAAGUCUCUCAACAUGUUUCUUGUAUCUCAAAGAUUAAGACAUAGUUCUUGAGACAGGAAAAAAGAAUGGUCAUUUGUUACUUUCCAAAGAACAUGGUUUGUUACAGUUGUCUUCUCUUUGCCAUGUUAUCGAGGGAAUGUAUUCAGACAACUGUCCUUCUACUGCUAUCAGUUCUGUUUCAACGCAUUUGCAGUACUUUUUGCGCAUA